AAAAGUUUAUUCUUUUAUUUAUUUUAUUGUGAAUCAUGUUCAUAUAAUCGAAACUCUAUAUAUAGAUGUGAUGAAUCAAUAUGAUCUAGUACUCGUCAAAUAAAAAUCCGUAGAUGAAGUGCAACAAGUCCUCAAUAACUUCAACGAAUCACAUCACUCCACGUGUCACGAUAUUUCCCUCCUCCCCUAUCCGUUCAACAUUGCCAUAAAGGGCAACUUAAAACCACAGCCACUUACGCGGUCUCUACAGUUCCUCCCCCUACAGUUGUUGCAUUUCCGUCGUCCUCCCCCGCAUUUCCACCGAUUUAUUCACCAACCCAAAGCUCCAUUCACCCGAAAAAACUCGUCGGAGAAGUAAGAAGAGCCGAUGGAGAGUUUAGGUGCGAGAAACCUGGCGGCGAUGGCGGUAUCGGGUUACCCGAUCGUGAGGCGCUCAAGGAAGAAGAGGCUCAGGGGCGCCGCGGGUCUAGCAACGGCCUCGCGCGGCGAACGCGCGCCGGCGGCGCUCCGCGUCAGGUGUGGCGGAGCGAGCGCGGGGAGCGAGGGCUGCUUGGCUCUGCCGGUGAGGGAGGAUUUCGCCGACGAGGAGGAUUACGUGAAGGCGGGCGGGUCGGAGCUUUUGUUCGUGCAAAUGCAGCAGAACAAGGACAUGGAUCAGCAGUCUAAGCUUGCGGAUAAGUUGCCGAGGAUAUAUACAGGGGAUAACGUACUGGAUUUGGUUGUAAUUGGUUGCGGACCUGCUGGGCUGGCUCUGGCUGCUGAGUCAGCUAAGUUGGGUCUGAAUGUUGGGCUUGUUGGCCCAGAUCUUCCUUUCACGAAUAACUAUGGUGUGUGGGAGGAUGAAUUCAAAGAUUUAGGACUUGCAUGCUGCAUUGAACACGUCUGGCGGGAUACUGUUGUAUAUCUGGACGAAAAUGACCCCAUUUCUAUCGGUCGUGCGUAUGGACGUGUUAGUCGGCAUCUGCUUCAUGAAGAGUUACUGAAAAGGUGUGUCGAGUCAGGUGUAUCUUAUCUUAGCACAAAAGUUGAAAGGAUUAUUGAAGCUUCAAGCGGCCAUAGACUUGUAGAAUGCGAAGGCAAUGUUGUAAUUCCUUGCAAAUUGGCUACAGUAGCAUCUGGGGCUGCUUCGGGUAAGCUCUUGGAGUACGAGGUCGGGGGUCCAAGGGUUUCUGUGCAGACAGCCUAUGGAGUUGAGGUUGAGGUGGAAAACAAUCCGUAUGAACCCAGUCUCAUGGUUUUCAUGGAUUACAGAGACUUCAUGAAACAUAAAGUAGAAUGCCUUGAAGCACAAUAUCCAACUUUUCUUUAUGCGAUGCCAAUGUCUCCAACAAGAGUUUUCUUUGAGGAAACCUGUCUGGCUUCAAAAGAUGCCAUGCCUUUCGAAUUAUUGAAAAGCAAACUCAUGUCGAGACUAGAGAAUAUGGGAGUGCGCAUUACAAGAACUUACGAAGAGGAAUGGUCUUAUAUUCCUGUUGGUGGUUCCUUGCCAAACACCGAGCAGAAGAACCUUGCCUUUGGUGCUGCUGCUAGCAUGGUCCAUCCUGCCACAGGUUAUUCGGUUGUUAGAUCAUUGUCAGAGGCUCCAAAUUAUGCGUUGGUUAUUGCAAAUAUUUUGAAACAAUCCAAUGUUAGAAACAUGGUGAUCAGUUCGAGGAUUUCAAAUAUCUCGAUGCAAGCUUGGAAUGCUCUUUGGCCAUUGGAGAGGAAAAGACAACGAGCAUUUUUUCUGUUUGGAUUAGCACUCAUAUUGCAAAUGGAUAUCGAAGGCAUACGCACAUUCUUCCACACAUUUUUCCGUUUGCCGAAAUGGAUGUCUCAGGGAUUCCUUGGCUCGACUCUAUCCUCAGUCGACCUUUUACUGUUUGCUUUCUAUAUGUUUGUGAUAGCACCAAACGACAUGAGAAAGCGCCUCAUCAACCAUCUCUUAUUCGAUCCCACUGGCGCCAUCAUGAUAAAGACUUAUCUUACCUUGUAGAUUAUUAUUUCAGUCUUAGUUCGAAAUAACCGCCAUGUAUUUAACUUCUGCAUGUAUAGGUAAUUAGGUAUCAUCGAUUUCCCGUAUUCAGCUCUAUGGCCAUGCAAUUUUUGUGUGAAGAAAAAGGGAUUCAGCAUGUUUAACUUUGAAUCCUGGUUUACUGUUGUCAAACAUAUGAAAACAGACAGAAUCACAGAAGUCUAAUUAAGAAAGAAUGGGCAUAAAUAUAAUCAUACCCAUGAUAUUGGUCCAAUAUAGUUCAGGUGGCAGAAUUAGUUUAGCUCAGAUGAUGUGAUUAAUUCUGACUAAAGAAAUUCUGUAGAAAAUUUGUGACUGAUGAAACUAUAAUUCUGCUAUCUUUCUUAAGAAACCAACCGUUGGAGAAAAAUUG